UUUUGACAGCUUCGAGAAGACCUUGUCAUUAUCUGUCCUGUGGAAGGGUCCCUGCCUUGUUGACAAUGGCAUAAAAGAGCAAAAUGCGCCAUACUUCCUCUACAACUUUCAUGACAGAUUUUCGUUCGAGGAGGGUCGUACUGUGACCUUUUGACUGACUCGGUCGAGACUCGAUCAAUCUAGCCUGCAUAUUGUGCUCAUAAUGUCCUUCGUUGAAGACGAUCUUCGGCGCGCUGAUGCCGCACUCGACAGAUUCCAGUUGAAAGAUGCCGAGGAAAGAGUUGCAACAGCCGGCGCUGAAGGACGUGAAAUCGCAGCCAGCGCCGAAGACGACCCACGCACCACUCAGCUGAAAGCCCUUAUCAGAUCUCUUUCCACCACCUCAAGCUCGAGACCCUUGAUAAGCCGGUCGAAGGUCCGCAGUCUCCUCUCCCAAAUCGUAAAGAAAGAAGACGGACAAGGUGCCGCAGUAGCAUCAAGCUCUGACGUGUCAAAUCUAGAGUGGGUGGCUGCUGGCAAGGCGACCGCACAGGUGUAUGGGCUGCUAUUGAACUCGCUCUUGGACUACACGAUCCCUCUGAGCGAGUCUAUAUGGUAUUGGGACGACAUACUGGGAUCUUAUUCAAGCAUUGCUCUCUACACGGUUCAGACUUCCCCCUUGCGUUUUUGGAAGCAGGCAAAAGAUGUCUACGCCGAUGCACGACAAAGGUUUCGUGCUGGGGCCGAUCUUCGUGCUUCGGCUCGGGAGGCCACCGACACCUUGUCGGAAAACUGGAAGGAAUUUUACAGGCUGGUUCGGAACAGUGUCCGAGAGCGAUCCUUGGCUCAAGCACAGACUAGAAUACUUUCGCCCUUUUCAAUUGCACAGAUCGAGGUUCGGAGGAACUUGCAGCAGAUCAAGAGCCUGAGGCAGUCAAGUUCCGCUACCAUCGGCCGGCUGGUCCGAGAAUGCCUUGUUUUUGACGGAGCACCAGAUGAACGCAAGCCCGGUGCAUUGCCCCAAAUGAUCAAUAGCCAGGAGGAGGAUUGGCAAACUACCGUUGCACGGACGGUAUGUCUACUGGAUUCUGCCACUAGGGCGCUAUCAGAUGACGAUAGCUAUGUCCUCGACCCUACCACGGCCUCAGCAGCUGAAGUUGCCUCUGCCCUUAUCAAGAUCCUUGACGAGCAUCUGCCGAACCAAGAAGCAGAGGCCAAAUCGAUGCGUUCAAAAUAUGGUAAACCAUCGCGUCUUGUACGGUACUGGAUCCCAGCCGUGUGCUUCCUACUAUCUGGCACUACAAUCCUAAGGAUAGUGGUCAAUCGAAAGGCCGAAAUCGCCCAAUGGUUUAGAGAAUUCGGGCAAACCUGCAUCGACUUCUGGGCCAAUUGGGUGCUGGACCCCACCAAGAAGCUGAUCGGAACCAUUCGCCAUGACGAACAAAGCGAGAUCGCCAUCCAGAGCAGGGACAGCCUCAAGGCAGAUCGAGAGAGCUUAGAACGAAUGGUAGUAGAGUUCGCGGUGCAAAAUCCCGACAAUGGCACGAAAUUUAGCGACAGUCAGAUCGCGGAAAUUCGGACCAAAGUGAGAGAGGGUGAUCUUACUCCUGUACUCAAAGCAUACGAAAGAGAAAUGCAAAGCCCCAUCAAAAAUGCCAUCAUGGGACAACUUGUUCGGACACUCCUCAUUCAGGUCCAGAAGACCAAGGUUGAUGUCGAGACCGCCAUUGGUGGCAUUGAUUCUUUACUCAAGAGUCAGGAACUACUGUUUGGAUUCGUCGGAAUAGCACCCGGGGUUCUUAUUUCCUAUGCACUCGUCCAGUGGCUACGUGGUAUGUUCGGGGGUCGUCGAGGCCUGCAACAGGGAAAGAGAAAGGGCGAGGCUCUUCGACUUGUUAGGAACAUCGAUCGAACAUUGACAAAUGCCGACGUCGAUGAGGACGGCAUCAUCUCUGAGGAGAAUCAUGGCAUCUUACUUUGUGAAUCGCAUCUUCUGCGUCAGCGAGCAGCUGCGGUUCUGCCGGGAAACACGAAGCGGGAAUUUCUCCAGGAUUUGAACGAUCUACUUGACAUCAAGGCUGGUGUUGGUCGGCAGAUCAAUGUCCUGAGGCGGAUAGAAUGGGCCUAUUCCAAGUGGCUGAGAUAGAUUGAGCGACCUCAUCUGGACACGCUUCACCUCGACAUGUUCACUCUUCACUUAUCAUUGAAACGUGAAUCUUGACAGGCAGCAUAGAGCCGUUGUACACACCUCCCUCACUUGUACUUCACCUGGCCAUCGUCUUCCUUUUAGUGUCAACAUCCGGGACACAUUUCUGUCGAUGUUUCGCUCCGUGCCGUUCCUGCCUUUGACAGGUUGUUCAAUGAGGGUUGCCAGAUAAGUUGCUCCUUCAUGCGUAACUCAAUACUGUAUCAUCACAAAUGUGCAAUACUGGCCUUGCGCGGUUUCCGUUCUGUGAGGAAGGCAGGUACUUCCCAAAUGGAAGGCGCCAUCUCUCUUCAGGGCGACUACAUCUUCCCGGUCGGUUUCGUUCCUCUUUGCAUUCUUUUUCUCUCUCCUCUUUUCCACCUCAG